UCUUUGAUGCCAUUAUAUUGAAAAUCAAUUGGUUUCAUGUAGGCCGUGUGUAUUUAAUAGUUGAAGUAACUAUACUUUAAUAUCAGCUGCUAAUUGGGCAAGUCUUAAUGUGUUUUGCCUUUUAUAUUCAUUGGAGGCAUUUUCUUUACAUUUCUUCAGUUUUUGCUGUCUUGGGACUGUAGAUAGAUGCUAAUGAGCUUUCUGAAGUUUUUUAUAUGACUUGGGUAGAAUUAUACUGGUAGUGCUGAGUAUUUUUUAACAUGGUAUUACUUUUUCCUUGCUAACUUGCUUUACUUGACUGCCUUAGGGGAGGGUUAAAGAAUUAGAAUUAGCAGCUUUAGAUUUGUUGGCCAACCAUGAAAUGAACACCACCCAUCAUGAUAUAUAUCUUUUCUUUUCUGAUAUUCUUGCCAUCAUAUCUAGAGUUUGGGCAUUAAUGGAAGGCCGUAGUUUUUACUUGGUUUGAAUUUCCAGUGUUAUAUCAUACGUGAUCUUUAUACCUCUGUUACGAUUUCCAGCCAAUCUUUUCGUAUGCAAAAUUAUAGCAUCCUUUGAUUCAAUUCGAUUAUUACCUCCUUCUUUGUUGCAUGAAUUCUCCACUUUUUGGCUGAUUGGAUGCAAUUUAAGGUCAAGAAAUUUGCUCGAACAGUACUCCUCUGGCUCCUAAUGAAGCUUGGUGUUCAGAUUGAAAUAAAUGAAGCUUGAAGUGGAAGUUGUUCUCGUGUGUCUCAUUACCUUGAUUUGGAUUCAGCAAGGUCUUUGCUACGAGUUUUCCAACACAUCUGGCAAAAGGAACUGGACAUGCACAUGCUCUUCCGUAUAUCCUGAAAAACAAGGCGAUGUUCUUAAAUCUAACUGUUCUAGAUCCUGCGAUUGUAGUCCAGUUGAACCAAAAGGAGAUAGGUGGACAUGUAUGUGUGCUACUGAUGGAUUCCCCAAAGUAGCAAUCGACAAUCAUGAUACUAACUGUUUUUCUGCCUGCAACUGCACUGCUGGAUCUCUUCCUGAGGCACCUGCGAGAAAGAACUACGCUAACAGACUUGUUGUGAUCAUUCUUUUACUCUGUGUGAUUCUCACGACGCUAGCAUUUCUUGCCUCGUUAACAUGCUACUUCUACCGGAAGGACAAAUGCCCAAAGUGCCCCAUCCAACAGGCAGUAUUCUCGUCAGAUAAAGAAACUAGUUGCAACAGUGCUACCAACUUGAUAAGUCACAAGACUUCAUCGGCGUCAGAAACUAAGGUUGACAUCAGCUUCCCUGCUAAACCUUUUGCAGGAUGCUUUCAAAAGGCUUCAUUCCUUUGUUGGAGCAAAACGGGGAUUGUGCUUGGAACAAUUUGCCAGUUUGCUUACUCUGAACUGGAAAAUGCAACCAAUAAGUUCUCCAAUUCCAAUCUAAUAGGAUUCGGAGGAAGUAGCUAUGUGUACCGGGGCCAGCUCAAGGAUGGAAGAAUUGUUGCGGUCAAGCGACUUAAAAUUCAAGGAGGAGGCACUGAUGCAGAUUCCAUCUUUUCAACAGAGGUCGAGCUGUUGUCAAGGCUACAUCACUGUCACGUGGUGCCCUUGCUUGGUUACUGUUCGGAAUUCAGUGGGAAACAUGCCGAGAGACUGCUGGUAUUCCAAUACAUGCCUAAUGGUAAUUUGAGGGAUUGCUUGGAUGGAAUUUCGGGUGAGGCCAUGUCCUGGGAAACUCGUGUCGCGAUUGCUAUUGGUGCUGCAAGGGGAUUGGAAUAUCUCCAUGAAGCUGCUGCUCCUAGAAUUUUGCAUAGAGAUGUAAAAUCUACAAAUAUUCUUCUGGACAAGAACUGGAGAGCUAAAAUAACUGAUCUCGGUAUGGCCAAGUGUUUAAGAGCCGAUGGACUUCCCAGCUGUUCGAGUUCUCCAGCAAGAAUGCAAGGAACCUUUGGGUAUUUUGCCCCAGAAUAUGCAAUGGUUGGAAAAGCCUCGCCUAUGUCGGAUGUUUUUAGUUUUGGUGUAGUUCUUCUGGAACUGAUCACUGGUCGGCAACCAAUCCACAAAUCGAACAAUAGAGAAGAAAGUCUUGUUAUCUGGGCUACCCCUCGUUUACAGGAUAGUAACAGAGUGACCUCAGAGUUACCCGACUCGCGUUUAAAAGGGAAUUUUCCGGAUGAAGAGAUGCAGGUAAUGGCUUACCUAGCAAAGGAGUGCUUGCUGUUGGACCCCGAUGCUCGACCAACGAUGAGUGAGGUUGUGCAAAUCCUAUCGACUAUUGCAUCAGAUAAAUUGAAAAGAAGAAAUAAUCCUGUAAACUUUUAUCAGAUGCCAUCCGCCCAUAACAUGAAGAAUGAAGCUCUUCUCGAAAGACAUCAAAACGUUAUCGAGGAUUCAUACAACGCAGAGGAACACAUGCCAACUAAAUCGAAGUCAGCAGAGAGCUCACUGCCAUGCCCAUCAGGCAUGAAUGAUACUGAAAUCGUCAGAAAACAAAUAGAAACCCUUCCUGCUGAGUGUAUGGAAAGGCUGGUUCUUUUGAGUUCCAAUGCUCGGAGUUCACAUGGCAUUGAUGAUGAAGCAGUAGACUUAACAGAGCCUCGGUUCGAAUCAUUCCGAAUGGUGAACAUUAAGUCUCUGCAAGAAGAACAAUCAAGGUGCCCAGAUUAACACAUUUUGCACCCAACUUUUCCUUGUAUGCUGUAAAGAAA